CCCCACCGAAAACAAAGGCGGUUUGUGGAAAAGUGGAUUUGCAAAGCCGAAGACGAAGCUCCGAAAGGCUGCCAGCGAGAGUGUUCUCCCAACAGUUUGCCUGCCGGACGCUGACAGACAUUCCUCGCUGGAGCCAAGCGCCAGAGGCCAUGGGCACAGGGAGCUGGAGGCGUCUUCCCCCUGGGAAUCUUUUUGACUGUCCCAAUGGAUCCCAAUGGGUGAUGGAUACGUUCCAUGAGUGUGCCCAGGACGGCCGGGACAUGGCCAGCAUCAUCCUGGGUCUGCUUUCCAUCCUCUGCUUUGCAGCUGCAUCUUUUCCGCAGUUUUACCAAGCCUGCAAAACAGGCAUUAUGGACCAGGCUCUCUCCAUAUACUUCCUACUGGGAUGGCUGGGUGGAGACCUCCUAAACCUCAUUGGUUCCUUUCUGGCUGAUCAGCUGCCUCUGCAGGUUUACACAGCUAUUUACUACGUGCUGGCAGACCUGGUGAUGCUCUCUCUCUACUGCUACUACAAAGUGAAGAACAGGGGUGGAUCCACGGCCCCGAUCAAUGCAGCCUUCGGCUUCCUUUCCCUGGGCACGCUGUCGACUGUCUCCUUCCUGGGCAGAGGUGGUGCCGUGGCACAGGACUCACUAACGUUUAAAGGGAGGUCUCUUCUGUCUGCCCACGCAGACGAGCUGGGGUUGAAGCCUUUUAACAGGAGUGAGAUCAUCGGCUUCACCAUCGGCUCCAUCUCCUCUGUGCUGUACCUCUGCUCCAGACUGCCCCAGAUCUACACCAACUACAAGAGGAAAUCCACCGUUGGAGUCUCCUACUCCCUCUUUGCCCUGGUGAUGUUGGGGAACUUACUUUAUGGCCUCAGCGUCCUCCUGAAGAACCCUGAACCAGGGCAAGGUGAAGGUGACUACGUCCUGCACCACUUGCCCUGGCUGGUGGGCAGCCUGGGGGUCCUGUCCCUCGAUGUGGUUAUCUCCUUCCAGUUCCUUGCUUAUCGGAGAGGAAGCCACAGCAGCCAUGAAGAGAGGGAAGCUCUCCUGGAGAGCUGACCAAGCAGAGAGGGCAGGGUGAAGCAGACAAGAAACCUGGGCUUAAUGCCAGGCAAGCCAGCCCCUCCAUCCUGCUGGCCCCAGGGAGAAGUGGGCAGCAUGUUGUGCUGCUGAGACACCGAGGUGGCAGAAGAUGCUGCUGAGACCCCUCCUGCCUCUUUGGUAUUAUCCCAGUGAUGCUAUUGGGAUAAACACAGAAUUAUUGGAUACCUCAGAA